UGUUACGAUGAUGGAAGUAGUAGUAGUAGUAGAAGAAGAAGAAGGAUGUUCGACGCCAAAACGCGAUGAUUGUCAAAUUCCGGCGAUGGUGGGACCACCUCCGCCGCCGAGGAAGAAGCGGACGUACGACUGCGGCGGAGAUAAAAGGAAGCCACCGGAAAAUGGGUAUUUUCAAGCGCCUGAAAUUGAACUUUUCUUCGCCAUGCAACCUAGAUGUACUCAAGGGACUUUUGCUUAGUUAUUUAAUUAAUUAAUACUUAUAUAGAUUAGUGUAUUAUGUAUAUAUCCCCCCUAAUCCGAUGUUAAACUCCAAAGUCCCCACUAAUUGGCUGGUUUAAUUUUUGUUUAGCCAAUUAAACGUUUUGUUAUUUUGUUACUAGUACUAGUGGUAAUUACUAGG